AUGACGAGACCCCAAGAUACGGCAUUGGCCCGAUUCUAUGGUCUCCCUAAGUUGCUCAAAGACGGCGCUCCUCUCCGACCCAUCGUGUCACUCAAAGGGACUCCACCGUACGGACUGGCUAAGUGGCUGUUCCGGCGUCUCAAGUUCCUGACCGCUGAGUCAGACACCGCGGUCUCUUCGUCAGCGCAAUUCCUGGAGAAACUCAAAGGGGUAAGCCUCCAUCCAAAUGAGGUCGUGGUAUCUUUUGAUGUUACAUCCCUUUUUACUUCUAUUCUCCAGGACCUGGCGAUCGAGACAAUCAAACUGCUUCUACAAAGCAAAUACGAUAAAAACGGAGAACCGUCUUGGACGCGCCCAAGUCCUUCAGCUCCUGAAGUUCUGUCUCCGGACGUACUUCACGUUCGACGAGACAAUCUACGAAAAGGUGAAGAGUACACCAAUGGCAUCGCCGAUUACGGGAUUCAUCGCCGAGGCGGUCCUACAACGGUUAGAGUUACAGAUUUUUCAACACCACAGACCGAAGUUCUGGGACCGGUAUGUGGAUGAUACCUUCGUCCUUAUCGAUCGGGAUUAGGUGCUGACAUUCAAAGAACACCUCAACGUCGUCUUCCUGGACACAAAAUUUACGAUGGAGGAGGAAGAGAACAAGCAGCUGGCCUUCCUGGAUGUCCUGGAAUGCCGCAAAGAUUGUGGUGGACUAAAGAUCAAAGUGUUCAGGAAAGCGACAAAUACGAUGCAAAUACUGAACUUCAACAGCAACCACCCAAUCAGUCACAAACGCAGUUGUGUAAGGACGCUCUAUUGGCCUGUCUAA